UUAAUGAUACGACACGUCAAAAAAAAAACGUAUUAUUAGAACUGUUUGUUUGGUUUUGUAAAAUAAAAAUAAGAAUCCCUUUAAUAAUUCAGUGCUAUUUGUUGUCAUUACUUGUAUAAACUUUAAAUAUUUCAUUUGUACGAUAAAUUUAAUUAACGGUGUCAUUCCUGCGUACGGUGGUUAUAUUGUAACUAUUCUAAGUAAUGUUCGUGAUUUUCUUUAAUUAUAAUACUUUUACACUUAAAGGAAACAAACUUAGAACAUUGUCAUGAAGCUUUAAUGCUAGCAUAAUAUAGAAUACCCAAUGAUUCUGUGUUAUGUUCUACUUUCAUCAUUAUGGAGCUAAGCAUUACAAAAAAUAAUAUAGGGAGAGUGAAGUCAAGUCAGGAUGUAUCAACUGCAAAUUUCUGCUUGAUAUGCUUAGCAACGGAUUGUAAAUUGUACCCCAUGGGACAGUACAAUUUGGGAGAGGCUUACCAACACUUGACUGGAAAAUUGCUUCUACAUAACUUUGCGCUGGAGUUUUGCACAGAAUGUGCACAGAGAUUGCUAAACUGUAACAAGUUUAGAGACAAGAGUUUGAGGAGUUACACUUUAUUGAUGGAGCUAUGGAAAAAUAAUAAUUCUUUAACCACACAAGAUAUAUCAACAAUUAACAGAGCAACAAACAAACUGACAACAAAUCUAAGCGCCAAAGUAUUUGAACCUGACCACUGUGACUCACACUAUGUACAUCAUCAAAUUGAACACAUCAAAAUAGAAAUUGAUUGUGAACCAAAAGUUGAUGUUAAACCAAAAAUAGAGGCAAUAAAUGAUAUUAAUAGUGAUGAUGAGUUCUUAAAUGAUGAUAUUGACAACGAUACAGAUUUUCUAUACAAUGCACACAAAAUAAAACAGUUCAAGAUUGAUACAAGAAAAAUUGAGCGAUCUGGCAGCGAUAGUGAUGUAGAAAGAAUAAUUGAUAAAAAGAAUAGAAAUGAUAGUGAAAUAGUAAUUGUAGAUGCUGCCAAAAUAAAGGCAGUCAAUGCCAAAAAAUCAACGACAAAUACGAAAAAACGCAAAGCAGCAAUGAAAAAAGAGAAAGCUGCCCCAAAACCGAAAAAACAGAGGACAAUAAAUGAAAAAGAACGCAAAAAACCAGUUAAAUCUGAAAAUCAGGACUAUUUAAAGUAUUUUGUAGUCACAAAGUUGAGUCAUGAAGAACAACUGGCUACAAUACAGAGCAGGAAAGAGGCAGAUAACUUUAAGAAUUCUCUGUACAAAUGUAUGACUUGCUAUAAAGGGUUUUCUACUGUUACUACAUAUAACACACAUUUGGAGAAACACAGUGAUAAAUAUGGUCAAUUCGUGUGCGAGAUAUGCGGCGUCCGCUGCAAGAAGAACUGCAAACUACGCGACCACGUGGUCAAGAACCACAGCCAGCGAUACAGCUGCAACACAUGUCCGCUGGUCACCACGUUUAAAAAGACAGCGCAGAACCACGCUCUGUGGCACGAUGGAGUCACGUACAAGUGUGAGCUUUGCAAUGAAGAAUACAGUAAAAAGACGUCAUAUCUAUCCCACCUGCGUGUCCGUCACCCUACCGACGUAGUGUGUACGCUGUGCGGCUUCUCUUUCGUGAACGCGCGCGGCCUGCGGAUGCACUGCAACCUGAAGCAUCGCUCCCUCGACACCGCGAGUCCCUCGGGCCCCCUCUGUGAGCCGUGCGACAUACGUUUCGUGUCUCACAGCGCGUACAGACAACAUUUGGACGUGUCUCCCAAACAUAGCAAUAGUUCUUUUCUAAAGAGGAACUGCCCUAAGAAGAUAUACGACAAGCAGUUUACUGUCAAAGCUAAGGAUGACACCGACACAGUAGUAUGCGAACAGUGCAACAUGCAAUUCGAAGGGUUCAAGAUGUACGCGUCCCACUUCAAGAAGUACCAUUCAGACAAGAAGCGCACGCAGUACCCGCAGCACUCCGCGCAGCGGUUCCUGUGCGACCAGUGUGCGAGGUCGUUUAAGAACCUCGCGGCCCUGAAGGAGCACAUGCUGAUGCACAGCGGGCACAGGAAGUACGAGUGCGCCGUCUGCGGCAAGCGCUUCUACCUCAAGCACUACCUCGCGCUGCACGUCAGGGCGCACGGCGCGGCCGAGCGGUUCCCGUGCGCCGUCUGCGGGAAGAGCUUCGUCAACAAGGCCAACAGGACGCGGCACAUGUGGACUCACAGAGACCUGAAACCGUUCGAGUGCGCCGCGUGCGACAAGACGUACGUGAACGCGUCGUCGCUACGCAGCCACGUGCUGCACGCGCACCUCAAGCAGCCAUGGCCGAAGAAGAGUCGCGGCCCGCGCGUACCAGCCCGCAGCGCGCCCGACGCCGGCUGUGACAGUACGUGGACUAAGGCUGAUCGAGGUGACGCGGUGCCGGGGUUUGAAGAUGUCAUAUGAGUACCGGCAGUGCAGAUGUCAUAUGAGUACCGGCAGUGCAGAUGUCAUAUGAGUACCGGCAGUGCAGAUGUCAUACGAGUACCGGCAGUGCAGUAUAGUCGGAUGCAUCUAUCGGCUGUGUCGCUUGGUGCAGUCACACAAGUCGUGUCAUAUGAGUACCGGCAGUGCAGUAUAGUCGGAUGCAUCUAUCAGCUGUGUCGCUUCGUACAGUUACACAAGUCGUGUCAUAUGAGCACUGGAAGUGCAGUAUAGUCGGAAGCAUCUUUAUCAGCGGGCAGGAGACGCGGGUGGUGCCCCGCCACCGCGCCCAUGUGUUACCGCUGAUACCUAAAAUUUUGUAUUGCGCAGCUACAUGCACUAUGUUCAGAAAUGUCAUAAAGAUGCAUGCUGUUAUGCCUUUGAUUGAAUAAUAUGAUAUUAUAUAAAAUAAACAAUUACUAAAAUAAA